AUGGCCGUUCCGUCUACUCGCGAUCUUGAUGAAGUCCUCCCGGGCACGCGACGUCUUUUCACCGAUGAGUGGGCAAGCGUCGCCUCUAACGAUGCCAGCAUCGAGAAACACGGCGACGUCAUUCUAGUUCCUGCUCCGACAAAGUCUCCCAACGAUCCACUGAACUGGAGUCUUGCGCGCAAGAUCUGGCACUCUUUUCUGGUGUGCUACAUUGUCGCUUUGACAGCUGCCACGUCCAACGUUGCCGGCGCUGCGAGCGUGGGUGUAAAUGAGCAAUACGGCAUUAGCUACGAUGUCUUUAAUACUGGCGCCGGUGUACUCUUCGUCGCCAUUGGGUACUGGACGCUUCUCAGUUCGCCUGCGACCCAUCUCUACGGCCGACGUAUUCUAUACUUGGUAGGAACGGUAUGGGGUCUCAUUGGAAAUAUUUGGUUCGGCCACCUGACCAACACGUCCGACACCGUUUGGUCCCAGCUUUUUGUCGGGGCAUCCGAGUCUGUCGCUGAGGCGGUUGUGCAGCUGUCUCUGCUGGAUAUUUGGUUUGAGCACCAGAAUGGUACCUCGCUGGGUAUGUACACCCUCGCGACUACGGUCGGUACCUACGUUGGGCCUUUAAUUGGAGGUCACUUGGCAGAGAAUGUAGGAUGGCGCUGGAUCGGCCACAUGGGCGCUAUUGCCUCGGGCUUUACUCUGCUCCUGUUCUACUUUGGUCUCGAGGAGACGGCAUUUGAGCGCAACCACUACAUUGACCUCCACCAAGCUGAGGAGCGCGAUGCCAACCGCGGUAAUGUUGAGGGUUUGCCUGUCCACCAAGGUGACGAUGUCACCACCAAGGAUGCGAUGGAGAAGAGUAUUCCUUUGCCAGUGGACGAGGAAGCUACCAUCGCUCGAAGCGCAUCUUCUCAGCGACGCGACGAGAUUGAGCGAAACAGACUAUGCGAUUCGUUUACGCGAAAGAAAUCAUACUGGCAGCGCAUUGCGCUUAUCACCCCGGCGUCUAACCUACGAGGAUUGGGCCUGACGCAGUAUGUCCGCCGCCUAUGGCACACCAUGCGCAUCUUCACCUUCCCUGCUGUCUGGUUUGCUGGUUUGCAAUGGGGAAUGCAAAACAUUGCGCUGUCGUUCUACCUUACUGUUGAAGAGGAUUACUGGGUGAACGAGCCGUACAACUACACCGACUCUGCUGUCGCCAACAUGAACAUUCCCUGUCUUAUUGGAAGUGUCAUUGGUUGUUUCUACGGUGGAUACUGUAGCGACAGGUUCAUCCUCUGGAUGGCCAAGCGCAACAAGGGUAUCAUGGAGGCUGAGUUCCGUCUCUACCUCAUGGUUCUCUGCGUCGUCGUCUUCCCCCUGGGUAUGUGGCUGUUCGGCAUCGGGUCAGCCCACGGAUGGGACUGGCCCGUUCCGUACGUCGCCCUUGGCUUCAUCGGAUUCGGCUAUGGCUGCGCCGGUGAUCUGAGCAUCACCUACCUCGCUGACAGCUACCCAGACAUGGUGCUCGAGGGCAUGGUAGGGGUGGCAGUCAUCAACAACACCCUCGCCACCAUCUUCACCUUUGUGUGCAGCUACUGGGUCGACACUGGACUCCAGAACUGCUUUAUCGAGCUUGGUGUUCUGAGCUUUGUUAUUCUCAUGCUUUCGCUGCCGAUGGCUGUGUGGGGCAAGGCAUCUCGGCGCUGGACUUUGGAGCGGUAUGCCAACUUCUUGCGCAUUCGCGACGGUAUGGAUGGUUGA